AUGGCGGCUACGGAGAUUGUUCUACGGGUGAGCUGUCGGACACGGCUGAGCAGCUGUGCGGAUUGGGGUUUCUGGCUCUGCACAGUGAAAUUUGAGACUGGAAGGGAGGGAAAGUUGUGGGUUUCCGAAAGGGAGACCAAAUUGCAGUGCAAAGAAAUUGGAAUGCGGGUUGAAGAAGAGAGGGAGAUUGGAAUGAGGUCGGACGGGACAUCGUCGCCUGAGACAGCCCGAGCACUCCGGCGGAGAUGA